CAAAAAAUUCAACACACCAGCAGUGUGAGGAGACCUGAAAGUGGCACAUGGCAUGGCAGAGUGUGGCGAUGGAGACAGCAGCAAUGGGAGGAGCCUACAGGGACCCAUGAGAGACCUGGACUUGGCAGCAGCAUGAGGAGGCGGUAUAUAGGGGCCCAUGGCAGAUUAGGGGCCUGGCAGCAGCUAUGGGAGGCCCGUAAUCUGCCAGCACCCUAUGUCAAAAAAUUCAACACACCAGCAGUGUGUGAGGAGACCUGAAAGUGGCACAUGGCAGAGUGUGGCGAUGGAGACA